CGGUGCAACAGCCAACAAGUGCAGCUUUGCAGUUUGCUCAGUUGCUUCUCUGGCCUCGAGUGCAAAGCUUGUGCGGUCUGCAUGAUCACUCACUACUGCAGAAUCCAACUCUUACUCAGUGCUACUAGUAUUUGGCGAGAACAGAUUAAGCCGUCAAAAUGGAACUAGGGAUGAUUCUUGGCGAUGAGCCUUUCACUAUGGUGGAGUUGAUGGCCCCAACCGAACUGGACUUGAUGCAAGAUUUUAAGGCAAACUUCCCAGCAGUCAUCGAUGCUCCACCACCUGAAAGCUCUGGGCAAGAAACAUCAUUUUUCAGCCAAUCUCAGAGUAAUAAUUAUAUUUACGCUUACUCUCCUACGUCUAUUAGAUCUCUAUCGCCCAAUAAUCAUGCUACACAUUCUCUACCAUCCGAGAGAUCGAACACAUCUGCCUCUGAGGAUGAUAUUCUCUUCCAAGAAAGGCCAAAGGAACCCUACAAUUCAUCAUUUGAAUUCAUUGAUGCAAGCUUCAGUGCUGGGAGCCAUGGUCUCUAUCAGCAAGAAACAUACGAAACUUCAUACUACGCUCAAGACGGCAAGGACACAAUUAAUGUCCAAGUCAAUGAUGCAUGUUUCGCAGACAAGAUGGAAAUGAUACCAUCGGUCGUGAAUGUCGAAUCGGAUGUCAGCUUUCCUGAUUUCAAAGAAGAACCUCAUCAAGCGUUCUCCAAAGUACAGCAAUCGCCAGGCUUUGCCGAAACUAGCAUGGGGAGAGGAAAGAACCUUGCCAUAAACACUACACCUUCGCGAUCGUCGAAAGUUUCGGGCGUAAGCAAAAGUCGCAAAACCAAAGGGCCCAAACCUAAGCUUCAUCAACGAACUGAACCAUAUUCUGACGCGGAAAUGGAAACCAAACGUCGAAACGCAAUCAAAGCCCACAAAAAUAGACAGAAAGCCAAAGAUGAGAAGGAAAAAUUGGAGGCUGAAAUACGAGAUCUCAAGAAGCAACUACAGAAGGUCAAUGGGGAGAAGGUCGCAUCUGAGGCAGAGAACAUUGAGCUGAAAAAAUCACUGGACGAGAGGGACCGCCUCAUCCAACAACUCGACCGGCAACGGCUCGCCGUGACGGAAAAUCGUAUUAAAGUUCUGAAGGAAGAAUUGGCUCUGCUCACAGGCCAAUACGUCGGCUCUCUCUAGCAUCCCAUUGGAUUAUUAAAUUGAUAAUUUAUACUUGCCAUUCAAUAAUUAUUACAUUAGCAAUCAUAUCACCUAGAAUCCUAGAUGAGAUGGAUAUUUUUUUAAAUGGUCUCAUUCACAGUCUUACCAAUUCAUUACCAUGUUACGUAAACCUGAAGAAGGUCAAUAGAUACCUGGCGCGUUCUGUAAAUCAAUUGCUAUAAUUUCUCUUUUACAAAACAUACUGUGUUUGUUAUCAGAUGAGCUUAGAAUCAAAAUAAUGAUGAGGGAAUUCCCUCAAUACAGCCAAUUUGAGAGUGCUCGGUUUAUGAGCAGAAUAUUAAUAAAAAACUCUCCUUAUUUGCCGUAUAGGAACUAUGCGAAGAACCUCAAUUGAGGAUUUAUAUUCUCUUAUUUGUUAUCAGUCAAGUCAAAUAGUAUUUUUCUUUAUCUAAUCACUGCAUUUUUGUUACUGCUAAUCAUCCUUCGUAGCUUGGCACACGAGCUCGAAGUUGCAAUUUCAAUAAAUAUCAAUUCGUAGUUACUUUAGCACGGAAUGUACGUACGUGCAAGAACAAAGUCCUUAGUUUUAAUAUAAUUUUGAACGUAUAGAAAUACACUAUUCAUAAUGAACGUAUGUACGUAAUGCAUCAAUGGGGGGAAAGACGGCUCAAGUGUACGUGAAAAGUCUAUUUCCAACUAUAUAGAAACAUUUAAUUUAUUUAAAUACUCGGUUUACUAGAAAUACUUGAAUAUAUUUAUAGAUUUUUAUUAUGCGGAGAUCCAAUUAUUGUGAUUAGACAGCGCAGUAGAGUUAGAAUGCAAUUUUAAUUCAAAUAAUUACUAAAUUGUCAUUUAAUUAAUUAAUUUCAUUGGGAAAAGCCCACUUUCAUGUGAGAUUGUGAAAAAAGUCUGAGUAGUACAAUUUUCAACUUCAAAAUAGGGCUCGUUUUUUUGUUCGUGAGUCGGAACGAUGUUUAGUAUAACCGAUGUGUUUUACAAAGACAGGAAUUGAUGCGUAGAACGGCUAAAGCAGCAUGUUUUUACUUGAACAACGAAUCAAGUGAAAUUCAUAUGCUUGCCUCGUUCGCCCAAACAGACAUCAAAAUGUAUUGCCCCUUAGGGGGACUUCUGACGCGCGCCUGUGCUUUUCAGAAGUUCUAUGGGAUUUCGCGCACCUAGGGGGAUUGUUCCUGAGCGCCCCAUCG